AUGCAGAGAAAACCGAGCUGCAGACAUAUACCCGCAUUACAUACGUACAUACAUGCUUGGAGGCCGCCGGCAAUCCAGUCGCGUCAUCCAUUCGGCAUUGUCUUUCACGGCGUUGCUGCUAGGGCCCUUGCAUACUUUUAUUUUUUAUCUUUUCGGGAUCUUUGGUCGUGCAGGGUGUUAUCUGUUGAUGAUCUGCGCCGGUGUAUCAGUAGGAGCAGCGGUGGGUGUAUGCGUGCGGAUGUGGGCGUGGCUCGGACGGUGUCUGUUUUGUUUACGUGGCAGUAG